CUCUCAUGCCAAACAAAAACCUUUCCUCCCACUCUCUCCCCAUUCGCUUCCAUGGCCAAAUCCUCAAAUUCCAAAUCCAAACCUCACUUUUUCCUCUGCUGUUUUGGAUACUCCGACAAGCUUCCCCGCUUUAAGCCCCUCAAAUCCCCCGCCGGUCACCGUAAACGUCAGUUUUCUUGGUUUAGGAACUCAAAGCCUCCUACGCCCCUUCAUUCUUCCUCUUUUCCUUCCCAUACGAACCGCUCCGUUACUAAUUCCGACCGCCUCUCCUCGGUUUCUAUUGCUCCCACCGCCACUACUAAUUCCUCCAAUGAAGAUUUAGCCGUGCCGGUGGCCACAAAUCGAACCGGCGAGGAGGUGAUCAUCAGCCCGCAUGAGGUAAAAAAUGACACUGUCGCAGGAAAAACUAUCCAUGGGAGUAGUGAGCAUUCAAACUCGCCAAACAAACCCAUUGAUCAAAGUCAAUCAAGGUUCUCAUUAACGAAAAGACUCGAGUCGUUUAGAUCAAUCCGGUUCAAUCAAACAGCCCCACCAAAAAAGAAUACAAAAUCGAUCAACGUACAAACACCCACCAUAUCACACUCUUUAUCAUUUCCGCCACCAAAACCAACCCCAUCAAACAGAGUUAGUGAAUUGCGAGAAAGCAAACGCGUUUGUUCAAAGUCAAAAAACAGAAAAUCGAGCCAACAGUACCGAUCGGUAGCGGCGAUGUCGGUUUUGAUGAUGACGUUGGCAAUGAUGGUAGUUUGGGGAAGAAUUUGUGCGAUAUUAUGUACGGCAACAUGGAUUUUUAUUGUAACAAGUUUAAGGUCAAUUGUUGAAGAAUAUGAAGGAAUUGAUUUUGUUGAAUCUGAUUCAUAUUCGGAAGGGUUUAAGAAGAAAUUAGUGGUUUUAAAAGGGUUUGUUUGUAGAAAUCAUAAAUAAUAGAAAAUCUGGUGGAAGGAAGUAUAGAGAAAUGGACAUUAUUGAAAGGAAUUUAUUUAUUUGAUUAUUUUGUAUAAUUUGAGUAUGAUAUAAAUUGUGGUUAGGGUAAUUUAUUUAUUUGAUUGUAUAUGGUUGGGUGGCAGUUUGGAAUGACCUUAGGUUGAAUGGCAUAUGUCUUGUGAUCCAA